AGUGAGUAGCCGCUGUGUUUGAGACUUUGUGUGUGACUCUCUCUCUUCCCAUCUGUCUCGCACUUUUCCGGCGAAAGUCGCCGGAGAACCACUGUCUCAUCGCCGGAGACGGUGAGAAGCUUGAGUUUUGCCGAAGAGCAGCAAUCAUAUCGUUCAAAUAUUGUUCCUUUUUCGUAAGGUGGUGAAGGAGAGUGUUCAGCCGACUGCGUGCAUGUUCAGACGGCGACGUUUCGUUGCGGUUAACAAUCGAAGGAGAGUUGGGAAGCGGCGACGUAUGAAGUUUAUUUGAUUGAUCGGGGUGAUAUGGGAAGAGUGGUUCUCGGUGUGGCGGUGAGUGUUGCGGUGACGGCAUGUGCCGUUGCGGCGGUUGUGGUGGGCCGGAGACUGAGGAGCAGGGGGAAGUGGAGUAAAGUGAAGGGAGUGUUGAGAGAACUAGACGAAGGAUGUGACACCUCGGAGGCGAGGCUGAAGCAGGUGGUGGAUGCGAUGGCAGUAGAGAUGCACGCUGGGUUGGCAUCCGAAGGUGGUUCCAAGCUCAAAAUGCUCCUCACUUACGUUGAUAAUCUUCCUAAUGGGACUGAGAGAGGAACAUAUUAUGCGCUAGAUCUUGGGGGAACAUAUUUUAGGGUUUUACGGGUUCAUUUAGGGGGUCAACGACGUCCUGUCUUGGAACAUGAAGUAGAAAGACAACCCAUCCCCCAACACCUGAUGACCAGCACAAGUGAGGACCUCUUUGAUUUCAUUGCUUCUUCAUUAAAGGAAUUCAUUGACAAAGAAGAAGAUGGUUCUGAGUUUUCAAUGGGCAGAAGAAGGGAACUUGGAUUUACAUUUUCUUAUCCGGUGAAACAAGUGUCUGUUUCCUCUGGCAUUUUAAUAAAAUGGACAAAAGGAUUUUCCAUUGUAGAUAUGGUAGGACGAGAUGUGGCUGAAUGUUUACAAGAAGCAUUAACACGAAAAGGCUUAGAUGUGAAGGUAGCUGCCCUGGUUAAUGAUACUGUUGGGACAUUAGCACUUGGACAUUAUCAUGAUGUAGACACUGUUGCUGCAAUUAUAAUUGGCACUGGUACAAAUGCCUGUUACGUAGAACGAGCAGAUGCUCUUAUCAAGUGUCAGGGUCUUCUUACAACAUCUGGUUGCAUGGUUGUCAAUAUGGAAUGGGGUAAUUUUUGGUCUUCCCACUUGCCAAGAACUUCUUAUGACAUUGAUUUAGAUGCGGAGAGCCCCAACCCGAAUGACCAGGGUUUUGAGAAAAUGAUAUCGGGAAUGUAUCUUGGUGACAUUGUAAGGAGGAUUAUCCUCAGGAUAUUACUAGAGUCAAAUAUGUUUGGACCAGUUUCUUCCAAGCUUUUAAUGCCUUUCAUUUUGAGGACUCCUAUGAUGGCUGCCAUGCAUGAGGAUGAUUCCCCUGAAUUGAGAGAAGUGGCAAGAAUUCUUAAAGACAUCCUUGAGAUUCCCAAUGCUCCUCUUAAGUUGCGGAAAGUCGUGGUGAAGGUUUGUGAUGUGGUAACCCGUAGAGCCGCUCGUUUGGCAGCUGCGGGUAUCAUUGGCAUCUUGAAGAAGAUCGGUAGGGAUGGAAGUGGUGGCGUCACUGGUUUCAGGAGCAGAAGUGAUUCAAGAAUCAAAAGAUCAGUCGUGGCAAUUGAAGGAGGUUUGUAUACUAGCUAUACACUAUUUAGAGAGUAUUUGCAUGAAGGUUUGAAUGAUAUAUUGGGGGAAGAUGUUGCAAAGCACGUAAUUCUUAAAGUCACUGAAGAUGGUUCAGGCAUUGGAGCAGCAUUGCUUGCUGCUUCAUAUUCAUCCUACAAUGUGGGAUAGGAGGGUACAGAUGCUAUAAGUAUAUAUAUAAUAUAUCAUGCAUAUAUAUAUUCAUAUAGCCCUGUAAAUCAGAAUUCGUUUCAUAUUAAUAUCUCUGUAUAAAGGGAGGUUCUGUCUAUUCUUUGUCCUAAUGUUGUCUUCAUUUAUAUGAUUCUUGCUUUGUUUUCAACAUUGGUGUUCUUUUUACUGGACAUUAUUUAAAGGGAAUCGAUCUCCUGUAUUAGUUGAGAUCGUUUGUAUGUAAGCGCAAGCAAUUAGGAGUGUUCAAUGACAUUUUAAGCUUGGAAAUUCAUUAAUAUAUAUUCCUUUCUGAAA